AUAAGACCAGUUAACUUACUUAAGAUUGCUUGAAUUACUUGAAUCUCAAUUAAGUUAGCUGAUCUAACAAAGCCAGCGGAAAUGUACUAUAAUACGCUGCACAUAUUUAUGCAAAUUAAAACUUUUACCAGUUUUAGAGCAAUUUCAAUUUCAAUUUCAUAUGCAAUUUUAAAGCAUAUGUUUUAUCUAGUAGUGAGUCAGAGAUAAGUACACUAUAUUCAAUAAAAGUGUCACAUCUAUAACAUCAAUAUACGGUGAUGUACAAAAACAAAUGAUCGUUCACUCGUUGUAAAAAGUAAUUCGCGUCUGUUAAUAUUAUUCAAUAUGUUAACGGCUGGGGAUAUUGUGUAAAUUAUCGGGUUUCCCCAUUCUGCAGUGAAUGUUUUUUUCAUUUAAGAACAGCAUUAAAAAGUGGUUUGAUUGUCUAAUAUUAACGCUGCUGAGUGUAUUUUUGAUAUUAAAACAAAUUUCAAAAUGAAUAAAUUGCCAGUUGUCGCCAUGCCCACAGUUUCUGCUGGUGCAGAAAAUUUAAAAGGCGAAAAUAAUGUUUGCAAAGUGGGCGCUACCUACCAACAACGUAAAUCAAUGCAGUCUAUGUAUAGUGAUUUGUUUAAAGCUUUGUUGCGUCUUCCCGAUAAACAGGUGCAACAGCGCGUUUUAGAUGCAAUAAACGGCGUUCAGGUUUAUAAAUGUCCAAAAUGUAGUUACACAUUUCAAAAUCCUGAUGUAGUUGCGCAAGCAGAAAAUAAUACGCCAAUUCUCAACGUUAAAGACAAGAUUCUACUACCGCUUAAAGGCGAACCAAGUUUUCGACCGAAGUCAAUUAUAUACGGCGGCAACAUUACGUUUAAUGCAAAUCCAAUUAAAAUAAUUGGAAACUUGAAAAGAUUGCCACUUGCAGAUGCAAAGAUUUCGCCACUAAUUCAACCAAGUGCAAAAUUGAUAAAACUUGACGAAAAUGCCGAACCAAAACAAUUUAUUAAACCUGUACCAAUAGAAAAGCUAAUGGAUAAGUCAAGACUGGUAAUGAACUCUUCUACAGAAAACGGACUAACAUGUAAUUUGAAAACAACACUAAAGACUGAGAAGGAGGAAGAAGAUACAUUGGAAGCAGCGAAGGAAAUAUCAGAUGAAGUGAAUAAGGCUGAUAUAAGCGCGGUUAAUGAGGAUGGUCGAAAUAAACGAAAGCGAAAACGCAAGGAGCGCGUUCCACAAGUUAUAAAAAAAUCUCAUGCAUUAUUAGCACAAUCUAAAAUGGUUCCGAAAUUAAAGAAACAUAAAAUAAAUUUGGAAAAAGUUAAAACUUCCAAUCAACCAAAUUCUAUAGAUAAUUCUGAGUUGCCGGACAUGCCCUUCAUUGCAAAUGUCUUAUCACUUCAUAAUGAAAAUUCUAAUUCAAGUAAUACCUCGCAAAUUGACCACAUUCAAAAAACAAUGAAAGAACAGUAUGUGAACUUAGAAAUUGUGACUGAUGGCAUGUUCCCUAUACACCAAGCAGUUUGCAAUAACGACGAAUUUUUACUAAAGCAGCACAUUUUCCUUUGGACUAAGUUCAAGCAAAUCGAUUUGAAUUCGUUGUACACAGAUGAAGACGAGGAUUUACUGCAGUUGGCGAUAAUCCAUAAUAGCUUUCCUGAAAUUGUUCAAAUCCUUUUAGACAAUAACUUGGAUGUGCAAGAUUUGAGGGAUAAUUCUAAUACAGUUAUACAUUUAGCAAUUAUAAACCAAAUAAACAUACAAUCUUUUAUAUUACUUAUGGAAAAGAUUGAUUUGCAGCUUUUAAGUAAAUUAAACGACGACGGUCUCUCACCGUUGCAUCUUUCACUUAGGUCAAACCAAUUUUCAUAUGCUGAAGUAAUGCUUAACACAGUCGAUAAACGUCUUAUGGGUUGCGUUAAGUACUGUAGAAUUAGCGAUUCUAAAGAAGUGGAUCCGAUUGAUUACUAUAUCAGUAUGUGUGAGCAAAUUGAUGAAAAAUACAUUCAAGAAAGCUUGAAACAUUCAGCAAAAACUAAAUUGCUAAAUGUUAGAGAAAUGAUGACUGGUAAUACUGCAUUAUUUCAUGCUGUCGGAAAAAAUACAGAGAAUUUCAUUUAUUUUCUGUUAGCUCAUGGUUCUAACCCUAGCGUGCAAAAUUACAGUGGACAAGAUCCCAGAUCAUUUUUGGGAGAUCACGGAAAACUUUUAAGUAUAAGUUUAAAGGUGGACCGUACAAUGGAGAAAUUAUCAAAAGUAAUAAGAAAAUACGACAAAUAAAACUAUUCCUUCAAAUAUGCUAUCAAAUGUUAACAAAAUAGUUCAAUAUAGCUUGACAAUUUUGAGAUAUUAGUUUGCGGAGCAACCUUUUAGUACCUGUUUUUAUAACAAACAAAAUCUGUUAUUAAAUCUCCAUUAAUUCCGAUGACAUAAUUUAACGCCUAAUUCGCAGAAAAAACAAAGUUUUUUUUAUUAUUAUUUAAUCUAAAACAGCUCGACUUAGUUCUUAUUAUUAUGACAACUCAUUUUCGUCAUUUUUCUGAAUAAUUUAUUUUUACUAUGUGGACAUGCAAAUAAAAUGAUUUAAUUUAAAACAAUAACAAUUAAAGUAAUAAUAUUUAAUAUGUUUCUAUAUUACAUAACACAUAUGUUUAAGUUCAAUACUAAGACAAUUAUUAUUUAACAUAUAUUUUUAAGUUUAAAGUUAAGAAUAUUAUUAUUUAACACAUAUCUUUAAGAUGAAAUAUUUUAACGGAACUGUUCGCGGUUACGGACUGACAGCUUUGGACUAACCCUCUUCAAGUAGUUGGGUUUAGGUAUCUGGACCCGGGUUGCAAUCCCACACAUCCUUUAUCCCCCACUCCUUCCGUUUUCUCCGCACCAUUACCACAACAUUACUCAUCCACAUCCCAACCCAUGUAUUUUGUAACCCCUACAUGUUAUCUGCUCGGUGGGUAACGGACUGACGGGGACUGUUGUUAUUAUUUAAAUGCUAAUAUGAUAUAUAAAUAUAAUAUAAUCAAAGCUUUUGUUCUAGAGGAAUGAAUCUUUAAUCUUUUAAAGCGUCUUUAUCUUGGUGUCAAUGCACUGGUGACGUGAUUUUAUGCCAACAGUGUUUAAACAAUCCCAAAUUAAAGAUUCUUGAAUAUAACUGGACACAUCAGUCCAGCAAGGUUGUAAAGUAAAACUCAAGCAAAUCACGUGUGUGUGUUUGCGAAAUAAAGUAAGGGCUACAUGUCUUUGAAAUAAAAAUAAAUUUUUUAAUAGUUGAAAUAUCAAAAUGAAAAUACACAUAAAAAAUAGUUGCUUAAUCUAAUAACAACAAUAUUAACAAUAACAGCUAUGACAUUGAAUCAAGUGUUACCUAUAGACUUAACGGAAAAUGAUCUGAAAUGAAGACUAGAAGAACCGUAAGAAAGAA